AUGGCAGAGAAACCGACCAUUGAUACUCUGGAAGAAGUUCAGGAGUUCCUAAACCAUGAAAACUGCCUCCUCAAAUUGAAGUAUUUAGGGAAACAGGAAUUAGUGUUUAUAAGUGCCUACCUUGAAAAACCAAACCAAAUUCUUUUUUUGGCGGGUAGGUGUGACGAUAUCAACAUCGUUGCUUUAGCGAGGAGUGGCGAUAUGGCGCCAUCUAGGGACUUGCACUCAUCCUCCAAGGCGUUAGGUGUGACGAGGACAACGCCAUCUGUUGCCGGAAGUGUGGAUGUAAACUGUCAUGUUCUCGUUUUGGAGGAUGCAAACUGUCAUGUUCUUGUCUUGGAGUAUGCAAACUGUCAUGUUCUUGUCUUGGAGGAUGCAAACUGUCAUGUUCUUGUCUUGGAGGAAGUAAACUGUCAUGUUCCUGUCUUGGAGGAUGCAAACUGUCAUGUUCUUGUCUUGGAGGAUGUAAACUGUCAUGUUCUUGUCUUGGAGGAUGUAAACUGUCAUGUUCUUGUCUUGGAGGAUGUAAACUGUCACGUUCUUGUCUUGGAGAAUGUAAACUGUCACGUUCUUGUCUUGGAGGAUGUAAACUGUCAUGUUCUUGUGCUGGAGGAUGUAAACUGUCAUGUUCUUGUCUUGGAGGAUGUAAACUGUCAUGUUCUUGUGCUGGAGGAUGUAAACUAUCAUGUUCUUGUGCUAGAGGAUUUAAACUAUCAUGUUCUUGUGCUAGAGGAUGUAAACUGUCAUGUUCUUGUCUUGGAGGAUGUAAACUAUCAUGUUCUUGUGCUAGAGGAUGUAAACUGUCAUGUUCUUGUCUUGGAGGAUGUAAACUGUCAUGUUCUUGUCUUGGAGGAUGCAAACUGUCAUGUUCUUGUCUUGGAGGAUGUAAACUGUCAUGUUCUUGUCUUGGAGGAUGUAAACUGUCAUGUUCUUGUCUUGGAAGAUGUAAACUGUCAUGUUCUUGUCUUGGAGGAUGUAAACUGUCAUGUUCUUGUCUUGGAGGAUGUAAACUGUCAUGUUCUUGUCUUGGAGGAUGUAAACUGUCAUGUUCUUGUCUUGGAGGAUGUAAACUGUCAUGUUCUUGUGCUGGAGGAUGUAAACUGUCAUGUUCUUGUGCUGGAGGAUGUAAACUGUCAUGUUCUUGUGCUGGAGGAUGUAAACUGUCAUGUUCUUGUGCUGGAGGAUGUAAACUGUCAUGUUCUUGUCUUGGAGGAUGUAAACUGUCAUGUUCUUGUCUUGGAGGAUGUAAACUGUCAUGUUCUUGUCUUGGAAGAUAUAACUGUCAUGUUCCUGUCUUGGAGGAUGUAA